GUCUGGGAAACAGAGCAGGAGCAGGACAGACCUUGAAGGACCGGAGGAGUCAUGGAGAAAACACAGCUGUGAAGUCGAACGAGAGGUUGACUGUUGUACCGCACAUCCCGUCAGUGUUUUUAAGAGUGCAGUUCAGGUUUCUAUGAAGGGGAGGGACCUACAGUUAGUUCCCCGUGGGUCCAGCAUGUAGGCUGCUGUCGGCACUGCGAUGAGCUUCACUGAGAAGUCACGAAAGUCUUGGAUUGAGGAAACCUUCUUCAAGAGAGAGUGUGUGAAGUUUAUCCCUUCCUCUCGGGACUUACACAGAUGUAUCCCAGUAUGUCAAGUAUGCCAGAACUUGAUCAGAUGUUGCUGUGGCCGCCUGAUGGGGGAGCACUCUUGGCAAGAGUCCCUCCCCCCCAUGUCCCUCUCUCCUGGGCCUGGGCAGGACGUGGAAGAGGACUGGUCCAUGGAGCUCCACACCAAAGCCAGUCCCACGAAUGCCUACGGGACCAUAGACUUUCAGGACACCGCUACACGUGUCUGCCGGGCCAAGUUUGUUCGUGUGAAUGUCGACUCAAAGCCAGAGAUGCUGCUCCAGCUAAUGCUGAGGGAAUGGCAGAUGGAGAGACCCAAGCUACUGCUGACUGUCCACGGAGGCUCAGAAAACUUCACCCUGCCCCCUAAAGUCAAGCAGGCCUUCAGCAAAGGGUUAAUCACUGCUGCCCUCAGCACGGGGGCGUGGAUACUCACUGAUGGCAUUAAUGCAGGUGUGUCUAAGUAUGUGGGCGAGGCAGUGAAAACAUUCGGGGGCCACGACCUGAGGAAGAGAAACACAGUCGGCAUCACACCAUGGGGAGUCAUUGACAACAACACAGAUCUUAUCGGCAGAGAUGUGUUCAGGCCCUACCAGCCGCUGGGGAACCCUCUGAGCAAGAGGGCCUGUCUUAAUGGUUUCCACUCCCACUUUCUGCUGGUGGAUGACGGUACGCUGGGAAAGCAUGGCUGCCAGCAAGGCCUAAGGAGGAAGCUGGAGAAACACAUCCAACUACAGAAGAUACACCCUCGCCUGUACCAGGGCGUGCCGGUGGUGUGUGUUGUGGUGGAGGGGGGCCCUGCCAUGGUGUCCACAGUCUUGGACUAUGUUAGCAGCGUGCCCCCCGUGCCGGUGUUUGUGUUUGAGGGAUCGGGCAGGGCUGCUGACCUGCUCGCCUUCUUACACAAGCAGACUGCGAUUGACAGGCAGCUGGAGGCUGACAUUAAAGAGGACUUCCUUGUGAGGAUUGAAGAGGUGUUUGGAGCAGAGAGAGCAGAAGCCUCUCAGCUCUACGAUCUCCUCCUGCAGUGUAUGGAUCACAGACAGUCUAUUACCAUCUUUGACUCAGAGUCGGAGGACCAAAUGGCUCCUGAUGCAGCUAUUUUGACAACUACUUUCAAGGGCACUAAGGCCGGUCCUGCAGAGCAGCUGAGUAUGGCUCUCGCCUGGGACAGGGCUGACAUCGCUCAGAAAGAUGUCCUGGUGCACAGACAGCAUUGGAAGGUGGGAUCCUUGGAGCAGGCCAUGCUGGAUGCUCUGGUGAUGGACCGGGUCAGUUUUGUCAAGCUGCUGAUUGACAACGGCAUGACUAUGAGCCGCUUCCUCACUGUGGAUCGCCUCGAGGAGCUCUACAACACGCCACAGGGCCAGACGGACCGUUUCCUCCACCACCUGGUUGAAGAUGUGAAACAGACAUCUCUUCCCAUAGGUUACCGUCUUUCUCUCAUUGACAUCGGCAUGGUGAUAGAGUACCUCAUAGGAGGAGCGUACCGCAGUACUUAUACACGGAAACACUUCAGAGCUGCCUACAGCCGCCUGCAGGACAAAGAGGGUAGACGGGACAGCUCCACUUCCUUGUCUAAGCAGAGACGGGGAUUAAUACUAAACUCCAGCAGGGGCAGGAGCCUCCAGGACCUGCAUUUCUUUAGGACUGCCCAGCCCUACAAACCUAAGGAGCAAGACGCGUCGGCCGGGAGCAGCCAAGAGAUCGCGGCGAGCCCUGACAUUGACGGAGCUCCACCGCCGUUUUCCUUCAACUUCAACGACCUGUUCGUUUGGGCCGUGCUUCAUCAGCGCCAGCAGAUGGCGCUGUUCCUGUGGCAGCACGCCGAGGAGGCGCUGGCACGCGCCACGGUGGCCUGUAAGCUUUACCGCUCCAUGGCCUUUGAAGCGCGGCAGAGCAGUAUGGACGACAACAUCGCAGAGCGAUUCAAGACAUAUUCGCUAGAGUUUGGUCAGCUGGCGGUGGAUGUGUUAGACUGUGCGUUUCGUCAGAACGAGCAGAUGGCCAUGAAGCUGUUGACUUCAGAGAUGGAGGCUUGGAGCCACUUCACCUGCCUGCAGAUGGCUGUCUCCUCCUGUCACAGACCAUUCGUCUCACACUCCUGCACCCAAACCCUCCUCACAGAUCUCUGGACCGGUCCGCUCAACAUGAGAAAAAACUCCUUUUUGAAGAUUAUUUUGAGCCUUCUUCUGCCGCCUGCCAUCUUGCUGCUGGAGUUUAAAAGCAAAGCUGAAAUGUGCCAUGUACCACAGUCGCAUGAGGCGAUGCGGUUUGGACGUGACUCUGUGAAGUCAGUACCAGCCCACAGGGGAGCUGAUCCCGUGAUCAGUCAGGAUGCAGAGCGAGGCCCGUCUUUCCAUGACAAACGUCUCGGUCCUGUGUCAGAAACUGUAUCCUCUAUGACUGUGCAUUGCCAGUCCUGGAUCACAAGACUCUAUGAGUUCUACACAGCGCCUGUUGUCAAGUUCUGGUUUCACACAAUGUCCUACUUGGCCUUUCUGAUGUUAUUCUCCUAUGUCGUCCUGGUGAAGAUGGGGGAUCAGCCCAGCGUUCAGGAGUGGCUGGUCAUAGCCUACAUUUUGUCUACUGCGGUGGAGAAAACCAGAGAGGUACUUAUGUCUGAGCCGAGAAAGCUGAGCCAGAAGCUGAAGAUUUGGUUCUCAGAGUACUGGAACAUAUCAGAUUUCAUUGCCAUCCUCCUCUUCCUGGCUGGACUGGCAAUGCGUUGGCAUGCUAAUCCCUACCGGACGGCAGGACGCAUCAGCUACUGUCUGGACAUCAUCUUCUGGUUCGUCAGGGUGAUGGAUCUGCUGGCUGUCAAUCAGCACGCUGGGCCUUACCUCACCAUGAUCACCAAGAUGACCCGUAACAUGUUCUUCAUUGUGGUGAUGAUGGCGAUCGUGCUGUUGAGCUUCGGGGUGUCCAGGAAGGCCAUCCUGUCGCCAGAUGAGGAGCCGUCCUGGAGCUUAGCUCGAGACGUACUCUCUCAGCCCUACUGGAUGAUCUAUGGAGAGGUCUACGCGACGGAGAUAGAUGUAUGUGACGAUGGCGUUCCAUGUCCUCCUGCUUCCUUCAUCACGCCCUUCCUCCAGGCUGUCUAUAUGUUCUUCCAAUAUAUCAUCAUGGUCAACAUUCUCAUUGCAUUUUUUAACAACAUCUACUUUGACAUGGCAUCGACAUCCAAUAAGCUGUGGAAGUACAAUCGUUAUCGCUACAUAAUGACCUAUCAGGAGAGGCCGUGGCUGCCUCCGCCCCUUAUUGUCCUCAGUCACAUGACCCUUGCUUUGAGAGCCAUCUACAGGAGAUGUAGAGGAGACGCUGAGCGUGAGGAGAGAGGCUCUGGGCUUAAGCUCCUGCUGGGCCAUGAGGAUCGCAAGAAGCUCCAUGAGUUUGAGGAGAAAUGCGUAGAGGCCUACUUCCAUGAGAAGAGUGACGGACUCCACAGCAGCCAAAUUAAGCGGAUUAAAGCCACAGCUGAGAGAACAGAGGAGAUGUGCAUCAUGGUGGGGGAGGUCUCAGAGAAGGUCAUCUUCAUUCAGAACAGCCUGUCAGAGUUGGACAGUCAGCUGGGUCAACUCCAGGACCUUUCAGCUCUGGCCGUGGACACCCUCACUCUGCUCUCUGCUUCCGACAGCCUACAUCAGGAGGAGGCGCGGCUGGCUCAAUGUCGACCCGUCCCGGCGUCCCGGCACAUCCUCCCUCACAGCUGGACCCUCCCACACAGAAGUGGAGCAGACUGUGACGUGCUUAAUGUGCGCCGAAUGAUGGUCAAGUCGUGUAAAAGCACCCCGCCUUCUUUGCUGAAGGGCCAUACUCUGGUGGCGAGUAGACUGGCAUCACAGGAGUGCCAUGCGGGAGCCAGGGGGAGCAGGGGUGGAAGACAAGGACACACUGAGGAGGAAGGAGCAGAGGAUUCACAUUCUGCUAUCAUCGAUCAUCCCAGUGAGAUCUGGCUCGGAGCAUCUAGACCUGCGUCCCGACAGACACCCUGCGAGUCUUGUGGACCGUCCCGCUGUGCAUCUCCUCUUUCUUCCAGAGUCAUGGAGUCACUGCAUCACAAACUCUGGACAUGUGACCCACACCUGUAUCCCAGUCAGGAGGAAACUUCAAUGGAAGAGGAGGAAGAAGGAGAAGACGAUGAAGAGCAAGAGGAGGAGAACACACGGAAACAGCUGUCUAGUACAGAAGUAUCCAGAGCCUCUAGCGAUGCUGUCCUUCUGUCUGACCCUCGGGACAUCUCUGAGGGUUUGGUAAAUCCUGCCUUUUCUCAGGAUGAAAGCCAACCAGGUUCUCAGUCCAGACCCUCCAGCCAAUCGGGAAGACCUGUGAAAUCCCCCAGGUGGGUGUGUCUGUCCAAAGACCGCCCCCAUAGCCACUGCAGGUCUCUGUCAUCCAGCGUGGAGAAUAUGACUUUCUCCGGGGCCGCCCUCAGUCCAAUGAGAGGAUCGUAUCCUUCUCUUAACGAACCAAUGAGCAAAGAGAGUUUGUCUGGUGGGAGGAGUUUUAGGGAUGACACGUCGCUACGAUGCAGCAGGAGCAGAGAGUGGUCAAAGUCCUUUGACUUCACUCAUGUAGACAGCAGAGGGACAGGCCAGAACAGGAAGACAGUGAAGAUACAAGAGAGCAGUCCAGAUACUGUAAACAUGCAGUCCCACUUGUCUGAUGCUUGCUGGAGAAGGUGGCGGAGACUGAGAGGAGAACCUACAUGUUGGUCUGCAUCAACCAGCCUCAGCCAGCUCAAUUUUGAACCAUUGGAUUUGUUGCAGAAACAAGUGUUCUCCCAUCAGGAUGUGUGGAGCCCAACUCAUUCAACAUGGAAUAGCUGGGCCAGAUCCACGAGCCGCAGGCCUUCUUUACAGAGUGGGAUUACCCCUGAAGUGAAGAGCUCCUCAUUCCAGUCCACUGACAAUUUGUACCCACACUAUUCAGCUAUGGAGAGAAACAACCUGAUGAGGCUGGCUUACACCAUUCCCUUCACACCGGUUUCCAUCCUGGGAGGUGAAAAGGUCAGCAUCUACUCUCUGGAGGAAGUGCCCUCUGAUGCUGACCCUGAAUCCAACACAGUCUCCUCCUGGUCCUCGCGAGGCCUGUCUGCCAUGCUGCAGCCACUCUCCAGUGAAGAGGGCUCUCUGGAUGGGGGGCUCCGCCAGGGCUGCAGGGUGCUGUGUACCUGGGCAGAAGAGGAUGUGCUCAAGCCUGGUUUGGUAUACGUGGUCAAAGCCUUCAGGCCGAAGGUGAUUCGUGCCUGGCAGAGGUACUUCCAUGGUGGCACGGCACUGCAGCUUUGCUUAAGGGAGAUCCAGCAGCAGAGAGCAGCCCAGAAGAUGAUGCAAGUGUUCAACCAGGUCAAACCUGAUGAUAUGCACCACUCACCAAGGUUUCUAGAUGUAUCGCUGGUCCUCUGGCAUUCAAAUGGCCAGUGGCUGACCAUUGAGAGGAACAUGUGUGGUGUCUUCAGGAAGUACAACAACAACACAGGAGAAGAGAUCGCCCCCUGCUGUUCACUGGAAGAAAUGCUGCUGGCAUUCUCCCACUGGACAUAUGAGUAUUCCUACAGAGAGCUUCUGGUGCUUGACAUACAAGGAGUAGGAGAGGUGCUAACCGAUCCAACAGUGAUUAUGGCCGACGAUCAAAGUGGUUGCCGGGGUGAGAUGCUUUUCGGUCCUGAUAACCUCGGAGAUGCUGCCAUCAAUGGUUUCUUGCAGAAGCACUCAUGUGGCGCCUGCUGCCACAGACUGGGACUAGCAGAUUUAAGGAAGUGUCCGGACAGCUGUGGGAACAGCAGCGAGGCAGAGCCGACGGAGAAAGAAGAACAAGAGGACGAUGAAACCACCAUAUAACCCUUGACCCAGGAAGUAGGGAAAUAAAGACACACUUACCUACACUUUUACCAACUAAUGUAUGAAGACGGGUCUCCCUGAACACACGCACCCACACAUAUCUUCUCACAAAACACUGUCUCGGUGUCCUGCGUCAGCCCUGAUUCUCUUGUAGCGGACACAGGGAGAUGAAAAGUGAUAUUUCAACACAAGCAGUCUGUGACUGAACACUAGAGAUUUAAUUUCUGUAAUUUGUACAAACGAUGCUAAUAUAUUAUUUCAAUAUUUUUAGUAAUUAAGUACUAUCAAGAGGAAGGAAGUGUUUCAAAUUAUUCUUAUAAAAAGCGUUUAUAUCAUUAAGAUAUAUAAAUAGAUAUAUAACAUGCUGCUUUUUCAAGACUUAACCAAAGUCUAGAUUAAUAUUUUUUGUACUUUUACAAUAAAUAUUUUGAUAUUGAGGCAAUUACUAUGACAAUUACUGUUAAUUAACUGUAGUUAACAUACACUUGCACAUUAUGGAUUAAUGAAGGAGGAUGAAAUUGUUCCAUUGUUGCAAAAAUAAAAAAGUGUAUGUUUGUGACAGAAAAACGAGGCAGGAAUGCACCCAUAAAAUUUCUUUUAUUUUUUUUCUUCCCACAACAAAAUGUCUACAAAAGCGAUAAAAUAUAGAAUUUAACAAAAAUCACUUCAGACCUUCACAUUGUAUGUACAUCUCAAAGGAGGACUCAGUAAGGGCCCUGCAUAGCUCUGAACUUCGACCCAUUCUGAUCCAUCAAAUGUGGGUGUUUGUGGCUCUCUUUCAUGCAAAUGAAUGCAUGCACACGCUCACACGCGCUCUGUCAUUCUCAAGUGAAAAUAAAAAAUCUACAGCAGAGCUCAUGGAUUUGUAGUAGAGUCAGAGUUCAGAGUCCAGCAGAGUCUCCUCUCACCAAAUGAAAAAAGCAUAAAAUGUAAAAACGGUUUGUCAGUGUAAUCAAAUACACAUUUUCCUUGGAGUUCCCCUUUUUUUGAUUGGUUUCUCAAGUAAACUCACACAGUAAAGCAUCUACGCCCCACUCUGCCAAUCCUCUCCUCACUAGCUAUGGCACUUUGAAAACAACAACAAAAAAAGUCUCAUUUUAUUGUAUUUUCUGUUUUGUUUUGUUAGUCCCGUGUAAAAGAGGUUCUGUCCCCGAGCACCUUUUAGGUUUCGGUUACAGAUUGCUACAUUUUGUUUUAUUUGCUUUUGCUGGGAUGCAAAGACAUUCUAAACAAUAAAUUAACAAUUUUCAACACUA